AUGCAUACCGCGCACACCAACCCGAAGGAGGCCCUUGUGCUUCUGGAAGCACAAUGCAAGCUAGUAGAUUCAUCACAGAACUACAGUGUGCCAGUUAUAUACAACAAAACCGAAGAGCUUUCCCAAGCGGUCGAAGACCUAAUUUUGGCCCAAAAGAAGCAGAUGGGGGAGCUCAACGCGGAGUUGGCAUCCCAGGGCAAGAUGAUGUCAAUUUUCACCUACGUCACUUUGCUUUUCCUUCCACUUUCAUUUAUGGCCGAGUUCCGCGAGCUGGUGCGGGCUAUUGAAGAUAUGCGUCGGCCGAUGACCAGGCAAGAUACGAUUGCACUGCACCUCUAUUCCAAGGGGCUUCCGAGGUACACGAUCAGGGCGGUCGGCCGGGACGGCCAGGUUACUCCCUCCGCCUGCAACUAUCUCAAUGCCGGUAUAUUUCGCUACGACCAUGCUAGGGGCGUCCUUCUCCUCGAUUACAUCGACCCGUACGGAUACAUGUACUACGCCCAUGUCGAGUGGGAUUACCCCGAGGAUGCGAAUCGACUCGUGUGGAAGAAAACGCGGCUCCCGGCGGAAAAGGCCAGAUACCGAUACCAGACCCGCUUCGAAGUUACGAGUACGGACGAAAAAACGGAAAAUCCACGCCUGCCGAAAAGGAAAAGGGAGUUUCUGGUCUGGAGGACGGCUUUAGCCCACAAGACGUGGCAAAGUCAACCACGGUGGGAUAUAGACCACGACAAUACGGGAACCAUGGAGACUUUCGAAAUCUAUGCCGGGGUCAUGUCGAUAGAAGACAGAUCGAAAAGCCCGGCGGCACUCAUUGCGGUGACCACAUCAUUACAACCGCGGUUAUCCACGAAUGUGCUGGGAGAAGACGAGCCGAAAAGCCCAGUGGCUCAGCCACCACCAAGUGCAGCGAUGACAAAGAUAGCAGCACGGCUAUCCGGGAUGGUUGAAGGCAUCCAAUGGAGGCGACGAAUGCACGAACUGAAAUUUCCGAUAACACAUGAUCCAGCGAGUGCUGACGCACGAGAAUACUUCAAAUUGGAGUUACUGUCGGUGCGUGGGGGUUAA